AUGUUUUCUUUGUUGCAUGGCUUUCUGCUAGCAAGUUACACUGGCCUUUCAACAUGUUCCCUUCACUUGAAAGCCAAAUACUCAAAUACGUCAUCCCCAACGGUGACUAUCAAGAAUGGCUCAUACACAGGAGUAUACAAUGAACAGUAUGACCAAGAAUACUUCCUCGGUAUUCCAUACGCUCAGCCUCCAAUCAACGACCUUCGAUUUCGAGUCCCAAGAAGUUUAAACGAGACAUGGAACGGAACAAAAGCAACUACCGCUUGGCCCCCUUUUUGCGUCGGCUACGGUGGCGAUGAUGAUGGUCAUGACUUAUCAGAAGAUUGCCUCUACCUCAAUGUCUUCAGACCAAGCUUAUCCUCAUUAUCCCUCUCCACCAACAAUUCCGCAACGUAUUCCAAUUCCACUUCAAAAACAAAGUCAAAAUCCAGCAAUUCAACUCUCCUCCCAGUAGCAAUUUGGAUCCAUGGUGGUGGUCUGUUCAUGGGUGGUACAAAUGAUGGUCGCUACAAUAUGUCCUUCAUUCUCACUUCUGGCACCAAAAUAUCCAAACCAUUCGUCGCAGUCAGUAUUCAGUACAGGCUCUCAGCAUUCGGCUUUCUUGGCGGUAAAGAAGCGUUGGAAGGUGGGGCUACGAAUCUUGGGUAUAGAGACCAGAGAUUAGCCAUGCAUUGGGUGCAGGAGAAUAUUGAAGCUUUCGGCGGAGACCCUACACAAGUGACGAUUUGGGGGGAGAGUUCCGGAGCACAAAGUGUGGGUGCACAUUUGUUAGCAUAUGGAGGGCGUGACGAUGGAUUGUUCAGAGCUGCCAUCGCUGAGUCAGGUGGUCCAGCCGUAUCAUAUUUCCCUGUCCUUCUUCCAGGAGGUUACAACAGCACAGCCUAUCAAUCAACAUACGACAUCGUCGUCUCCAACACCUCUUGUGCCCCCUACCUUUCCACCCCACAAUCGCUCUCUUGCAUACGCACCCUCCCCUUUGCCGAACUUAACAACGUACUAAACGACACCACCUCCAUCUCAGGCCUCAGCCCCUUCGUCCCAAUAAUCGACGAAGACUUCAUAACCACAUUCCCCAGCCUCCAACUCGAAACCGGCUCUUUCGUCAAAGUCCCCCUCCUAAUCGGCAGCAACAGCGACGAAGGCACCGCCUUCGGCUGCAGCUACAACGUCUCCACCGACGACCAAUUCCUCGAUAUCCUCACCUCCACCGGCAUCCCCCCGGACUCCAUCGCCGCCCAAAUAAUCCCCUACCUCUACCCCAACAUCGAAGCCCUCGGCAUCCCCUCCCCCAUCGCCUACCCGAACCUCUUCUCCUACGACACCAACCUCUCGCUCGCCCUCGGCUCGCAGUUCCGUCGUUUGACUUCUUAUUUCGGCGAUAUCGUCGUCAACGCGCCCAGAAGGGCGACGAACCACGCGUGGUCCGCAAACAACGUCUCGAGCUGGAGUUACCGCUUCGACGUCCGUCCGAACGGCAAAACGCCUGUCAUAGGAGCAACGCAUUUCGCAGAGGUAGCAUUCGCGUUCGAUAAUAUCCGCGGCGAAGGCUACGACGUGAAUCCCUUCGGCAAUCUCUCUUCGUCCGAUGAAAGCAAAUUCGUUGAACUAGCAGACACUAUGUCGCGGAGCUGGGUGAGUUUCAUUGUAGACGGGGACCCGAAUGGGAGUGACGAGUGGCAGUUGGCCGUCGAUGGCGGCUGGCCGGUGUAUAAUGUCAGUGUGGGUGGCGGAGAAGGGUGGAAUUUGGUGUGGACGGUUAAUGGGACGGGGAGUUAUGUUGAGUGGGAUACGUAUCGGGCGGAGGCGAUGGGGUGGGUUGGGGGGAAUUUUAGGGGGGUUUAUGGGUUGUAG